AUGAUGCACAGAGUCCUCCUGCUGUGGACCUCACAGACCAGAGUCCUCCUGCUGUGGACCUCACAGACCAGAGUCCUCCUGCUGUGGACCUCACAGACCAGAGUCCUCCUGCUGUGGACCUCACAGACCAGAGUCCUCCUGCUGUGGACCUCACAGACCAGAGUCCUCCUGCUGUGGACCUCACAGACCAGAGUCCUCCUGCAUGUGGACCUCACAGACCAGAGUCCUCCUGCUGUGGACCUCACAGACCAGAGUCCUCCUGCUGUGGACCUCACAGACCAGAGUCCUCCUGCUGUGGACCUCACAGACCAGAGUCCUCCUGCUGUGGACCACACAGACCAGAGUCCUCCUGCUGUGGACCUCACAGACCAGAGUCCUCCUGCUGUGGACCUCACAGACCAGACCGCUCCUGCUGUGGACCUCACAGACCAGGGCUCUGGGUAUGAAUGGGUGCAUUCCCUUAGUCCCGCCUCUUCCGGUGCCACGCACGGACCAAUCAGAGGCGGGGGUGCGCAGCGGUGGGACGUAGCGUCAGCUGCCGUCGUGUCGGGAUUGGAAUGUUACCGACUAACAAUCGAAACAACUGAGCACUCGGUAAUUGGACACUGGGACCCUGGAAUCUGUGCCUUCGGAGCGUCUGCUGAGCCCCGCUGUGCAGAGAGCGGCUCGGGCUGGACUCUGCGCCGCUGCGUCUCCACAUUUACGCACAGAGCGCAGCAGGAACCAGAGGCGAAAUGCAGGGAUUCGUCAGAGGCAGCACCAGCGGAGACAGAGCACCCCAUCCGCGGGAGCCUCAAGCCGCUGGAGAAACACUUCCCUGAGGAGGCUGCUGCUGUGGAGAGAGUCAGCCCGGGGGGAGAGGGUCACCCCGGGGGGAGAGAGCCACUGUCUCUGGAUGAGGCUUAA